AGAACAGGUUUACUGGAAUAUUCUGUCGUGUCUGUUUGUCUCAUUUGCAUGUGGCGUGUUUUCGUGGGUAUUGGUAUUUCUCACGCCAGAACCUUAUGUUGCACUAACGGAUGUACAGGACGCACCGGUGACGUAAUACUCAAGUAUGUGCCCCGUGUGCACUGCGAUAUUUGUUAUACUUGAAUGCGAACGUGGUGACGUUACUGUAUGCGGUUUAAUGCACGGUGUGUCCGCAGGUUGAGUGGGUGCAGGCAUUCGAGACUCCUUUUAAAGAUGAGAGGAUGGAAACAGGAGCUGUGUCCCUGUCCACUCGCGGGUUUUUGGCUCGGUGGAGGCACAAUGGCAGUCUAUGGGGGACACACAGGCCGACAGACGGUUUAGUGGGUCCUCGGAGCAGAUAAGUCGUCCCCACACAGACUAGACGGAGAGUUCGCUGCCAUUGACCCGCGAGAACAGCGCAUCCACUGAGCCUCCACACCUUGAAUGGCCUUGUUGAAAACGAGAGCCGUAAAUUGACUGAUGAGCGGAGGUGGGAGACUCGGCCUCCCCACUCCUCUUUCGCUCGCGCUCUCACAUGCUAUCUGUUUCUUUCCUUUACCAAGUAGUGGUUUCCAUCUCACCAAAACCCCUUUUCCCCUGAAUGUUUAAAAAGAUGAAAGGAUAAGGAGAAGAAUGGAGACAAAAGAGGAGAGGCUUGUGUUACAACCCUGCCCCUGAGAGACUGCUCAUGAAAGAGUUUGGGGAUGGGAGAGAUAGAGACCAGAGAGGAGACACAGAAAGAGAAGGGGGAUCAUGAAAAGAGGGUUUUCAAAGUAGAAGCUGCUAAAACGGGUCACUUCUAUAUCGCAGGGCAGACUAAAGUGCAGUCUUCAGACAUUUAACUCUGUCGGUGCCCUCUGAUGGAGGGCGGCGAACUCACUGACUGAUUGCGCAAACAGACACAACAGACAAUCUGGCGCACAAUCUUCCGUUUUGUUGUUCCUCCCCGGACCCACCGCACAGUGGCACGACCACAGUUCAGGGGCUCGGCCACAACGUCUUUGCCGCGAAGCAGAACAUGCCCGCUCUCAGGGUGUCUCCCUCGCGGAAUUCCUCCGUCUUAGCAUUUAAGGUCAGUCACUGGAAAUCCUCACGAACCCUCCCACUAUGCUCUCCGGCUGCUCUGCCUGGACUUGCCCUGCGUGCACUUAGAUAUUUCCACCUCAGGGCGCAUCAGUGAGAGUUCGAGCGAGAGACAGACGGAGAGAAAGUUAAGUGUGGACGUGAGUGACGUUGGGGGGGAUGAUGACGGGAAGAGCAGGGACACGAGAAACUGAGAGAUCAGAUAAUAUUUAAGACAGAACGAGUUUUGCUCCAUGCUGUGACCACAGGCCUUUUGUUAUUGUACAGUCACGCUUGUUACUGAAACUUAUUGUUAACACGAAACAACAACACAGUCACUUUCACAACAGUCAUUUCACUCAGCCAAUUUUGGGGUCUUGACAUCUACAAUUGUUUCUCAUUCUUCUAAUUGAGAAACCACCGCUCGGCGUUUUGAAGUUUCCAGAUGUCACUUUUCCUCCAUCACCUCUCAUCAACUUAUUGCCAUUGGACGUCCUUCUGUAUUUGAAACUCUGAUCUGAGCCUAAUUGGCAGGUGGCUAUUAUGGCAAUUAUGGCAAAUGGCCGAGCUGUGCUGUCAGGGUGGGGCUAACAGUGAGUCUGUCCACAGCUGAGCCACUAAGUCAAACAUCACAUAUCAAUUACACAUCCAUGACCUCCCCAACGUCCUCUCCUCCGCUUCACCUCCUUUUCUCUCCUCCUCUCUGGUUUUGUUGUUUUCAAUCCUACAUUAUUUCUGUCCUCUUUCACCUCCUCACCCACUAAACUCCACUUCCUCCUCUUGCUUGCCCCUGAAUUUGAGCCUGUCUAUGGUGAGAACCGCGCUGCCAUCGCCAGCAUUACCACACACUGAGAUAUGGUUACACGUGCUUCCAAUUUCAGGCGUAAUGCUGCUCUCGCCGCAAUCCGACCCAAUUACCCGAGCCUCCUGGAAAUGGCCCAGUCGGCAGGCAUGGUGGCAACGGGUCAAAGAUGACGCAAAGACUGUGACUUUGCCUCCCGUCCCCGCUCCAUCACCACAUCCCUCCUCUGUCCGUGUCUCUCCCGAUGCCUCGCUCUUGUCAGACGGGAGACAGCGACACGCAGCAGACAGGAUGACAAACCAGACAACAGCCAACCAGUCCAACGCAAAAAAGGACAAGGAGAAAGAAGAAACCGUGCGCGAUGACGCCACAGAGCUCGCGUAUAAAGAUGCAGGACACUGCAGCCGCAACACCCACAACCUGCUGCUGGGGCUCACUGUCAUGGGUGUUGUCAUGGGAGCAGUGUUUGGGAUGCUGCUGCGAUACAUGAAGGUGUCGGACAAUGCUGCGCUCACCAUGGUCUCCUUCCCUGGUGAAAUCCUCAUGAGGAUGCUCAAGAUGCUCAUUCUGCCAUUAAUCAUCUCCAGUCUGAUCACAGGGCUGGCAGGUCUAGAUGCCCGCUCUAGUGGCAGGAUGGGUAGCCGUGCCAUGGUCUACUACAUGUCCACUACUGUAAUCGCUGCUGUUCUUGGGGUAAUCCUAGUUCUGGGGAUCCACCCGGGCAACCCCAAACUGAGGGGAGCCAGCUACACGAACACUAACACAAAGAACCAGGAGGUCAGCAGUCUGGAUGCCUUCCUUGACCUGAUCCGAAACCUCUUCCCUGAGAACCUGGUGCAGGCCUGCUUCCAACAGGUUCAGACCGUGCUGAAAAAGGUGCCAAUCGCAGCACCAAACCAAACCGAGCCUGUUUUAGUGAACAGGAAAAAACUGGAAUACAAAUGGGGCAUGAACGUCCUCGGCUUGAUUGGCUUCUUCAUCACCUUUGGGAUCUGCAUGGGCAGGAUGGGCGAACGGGGGAAGAUCAUGUGCGACUUCUUCAACAUCCUCAAUGAGAUCAUCAUGACGAUGGUUUCCAUGAUCAUGUGGUACUCUCCCAUCGGCAUCGCCUCGCUGAUUUCGGGGAAGAUCGCAGCCAUCGGGGACCUGGAGGUGGUGGCCAGGCAGCUGGGCAUGUACAUGGUGACGGUCAUCGUGGGCCUCGUGAUCCACGGCGCCCUCAUUCUACCUGCCAUAUUCUUCGCCAUCACCAGAAAAAGCCCCUUCACUUUCUACUCGGGAAUCUUCCAGGCGUGGAUCACCGCGUUGGGGACGGCUAGCAGCGCGGGAACGUUACCAGUCACCUUUCGUUGCCUAGAGGAAAACCUGAAGAUUGAUAAGCGCGUGACUCGCUUCGUGCUGCCCAUAGGCGCUACCAUCAAUAUGGACGGCACUGCCCUCUACGAGGCCGUGGCGGCCAUCUUUAUCGCCCAGAUGAAUGACAUCACACUGGACGGUGGACAGAUCAUCACCGUCAGUAUGACCGCCACUCUGGCCAGCGUGGGAGCUGCCAGUAUUCCCAGUGCCGGACUGGUCACAAUGCUGUUGAUCCUGACUGCCGUUGGCCUGCCCACCCAGGACAUCAGCCUGCUCAUCGCUGUCGACUGGCUGCUCGACAGGAUGCGCACCUCCAUCAAUGUGGUGGGCGACUCAUUCGGCGCCGGGAUCGUGGACCACUUGUCGAGAGCGGAACUGGCCGAACUCGACGCAGCCGAAAUGCAAGCGCUUCAACCGGAGGAGGAGCUCGAUUUCGUCCCACCGCCGCCGAUCCUCACCGAGAUGGACCUGGUGGACCCGCUCAAGCCGCCCGAGCUGCCCCCCCGCUCGCCCCGCCCGCCCAAACAAAACCACCACGGCCCCGCUCUCUCCCAGUCCCACUCCAUCACCUACUCGCCGUCCCGUUCCAUUCGAUCCCCAUCGCCUCGCUCCGUUCGCUCUCCGUCUCCGCGCUCCGUCUGCUCCCACUCCCCCCGGCCUUUCCGCACUCAUUCACCACACCUCCUCCGCAGGACGGAGCCAGGUUACUGCGCGCUGCCCAGCCAUGACAACCAGAUGCCCACGCUGCCGCGCGCCUACAGGGAGCGGGACCGCGAGAGGGAGCGGCUGAGGCGAGAGAGUGAAACCGAGGAGGACGAGGAGCGAGAGCGGGUCCUGGGCGAAGUGAGCGACGGCGAGGAGAGUGACGACACCGCCUACGAUAGGAGACAUGCCAUCCCAGCGAGCGACCUGCCUUGACUGGACUUCACCCUGCGUUCAUUGUUUCCGUUUAUUGACAGAUUUCCCCACUUUAGCUCCACCUGCCAGCUGUUGGAGGUCCCCUGUAAAUUCCUGACUGGUUGCAUGGUUGUUUUUGAGGCGUUUCAUCUUGAUCCACAAGACCCGAUCCAAUCGACAGGACGCGGCCCUGACGUCAAGUCAUUUUCCUAGUUUGCUUGUGUCAUUUCCUUGUUAGAACUUUACAACCGUCUACAUUCAUCAGUUGGUAACCAAGCUUUAAUGACCCUGAAUGCCUGAACCUCCCUAAAUUACCAGAGAACUGUGUGCUUUGAUUUGUCUUACCUGCCUUUUGAUGCACAGCCAUGCAUUGUAGCUCGCUCCUUUACCUUUGCAAAGAAAAAUGACAAUUAUUCCACAUGUUUUGCAAUAAUAGCUAGGUACAUUUUUCAGAGCCAGCAGCCUGUGUGCUUAGAACAGGGGUGUUCAACCCUGGUCCUGGAGAGCCACAGUCCUGCUGGUUUUCCAACUGUCCCUGAUCACUUUGACCAGGUGUGUUCAGUCAAUCAGUGAUCAGCAGAGAGUUGGAAAACCAGUGGGACAGUAGCUCUCCAGGACCAGGGUUGAACACCCCGGCUUAGAAUAUUGCAAAGGGACAUGUGUAUGACAGCUCAAAUAAUUUUAAACAAAACUCACAAAUAGCUUUUGAAAAAAAUUAUAUGUUUAUGAGCUUUUGAGGUAGAUUUUGAUACAUUUGAAAUGGAUUUUUGUGUCUAUUUCUACUUUUUGUAUUAAGCUAAACUGACUCUUAGUUAGAAGGUGAAUAAGCAAAGAACUCUCCUUAGUCCCCUGGGAGGGGUUAUGUGAGAAAAACAAAAAGUUAAGACUCAAAAAAAUUAAAUAGACUUCAACAGACCUGUGUCUGAUGGUUUGCACCCGAUGUUCAUUACCUGUGAAGCUCAUCAUCUUUAAGUGUUUUUUGUUUAUGUGGAACUAGUUUCAUUUCUUUUUAUUUGGGGCCUACUUCAAAAGAGAUCUUGCAAAAGUUUUUCCAAAGGCAGAUUUACUUUCUCACAUGUCCACAUGUAACUGUUAUACGUAGACAGCCGGCAGAUAUUAUUUUUAUAUACAGUGAGUCUCCUCCAUUUGCUUCUUGAUCCUUUAGUUUUUUAGUUUUCCUGGGCAGAAGUCAUUGUAAUGUUAAUAUUGUCUAUAUCAUCUAUGGUUUGUAUUUUUGGUUGUUCUGAUGUCUGAAAUGAUGGCCACUAGGCAACAUGCUGUUUUAAUAUUGUUGUAUGUUACUAGUUAUUUUACAUUCAUUUGUCAUUUACUGACUUUAUAUUUGCUCAAAUGCUUCAUCCGACUGAUUUGCGUUUCAUUGUAAAUAUAAGUUCAUGACCUGUCACCCUACGUCCUUGAGUCAAAUUCACAGGCCCAGUUGUGUGUAUAUUGUAAUAAAAUCUUAGAUAUUUAUUUCAAGUUA